AUGGGCCGCAACAGGAAGGGGCGUCAAUGCGGCGGCUACGGCUCCAAAAAAGAGCGGUUCGUGCUGCUCCAGCGCUGGCAGCAAGAAGUCAAUAAAGUCACGCGCAAGAACGCGCAGAACCGACACACGCAGCACAAGCUCGAAGACCAGCGGAGACGUGCGGUAACUACAGAGUCUGCCCGUUGUCGUGUGCGGGCAGACUUGCUGUCAUUGUGGACGAACGCGCGUCUAAAGGACGAUCGUAUGGAGAAGAGGAAGCGCGACGGAGCGCUCUCGAUCGCUUCGGAGCUGCAGAAGACGUCGAAGGUGGACACGUUCUCGUCGCUACAAGAACGGUGCAUCUACGAGAUUGCACGGUCGUUCGAUCUCUACAGCUCUGCGUGCGAGUUCACCCACGCGUUCUUCGCUUCGUGCAUGCCAUGGAUGGUCACGCGACUUGCGGAACUGGCAACUGCGUUCAAGACAGUGUGUGAUGGGAAUGUGCAGCUGUUGCUGCUGCAGCCGACGGAGCAGCUCACAGUUGGUUUUGUCCGGGACGAAAAGUCCUUGGCGCCACUAUUUGCAGUAGAAGACAAUGAGCAGCACAUGGCGUGGCAGUCUGCAUCCGGAAACCUGGUGGAGCGUGCGGUUGAGUCGUGGGAAGACCUGGACAGUGAAGACGUGGACAUUGUGCAGACUACUGGUUCUGAUGAAGUGCGACUGCUGAGUCUGAGUCUCGUCUCGUGUCUUGGACUCUCGAGUCGGUUCUUGACGCAAUUGAUGACAGCCCAUCCACACCUCGAACACCUCAAGAUUGUGGAUUGUUUCGACGCUGCAUCGACUGAACAAGGCGUUGCAUUGCUGCACCAGCUCGCCAAGUCGCGUGCGCUCCAGACGCUGCACUUUUCCUGGUGUGGUUGGCUCACUACGGAGAUCCUUGUCACCUUUGCUUACGAGCUCCUGGAGCCGCCUCUCUCUCCACUUUGUAAGCUCCACGUCUCGAACUGUUUUGAUGUACUUGGUGACUACGUACAGGCUGUGUACCACGACCUCCUGCCGGCAUUAAAUGUAUCCAUGUGA